AUGGGAGACAAAACUCCAGUUACACCUUCAGCUAUUUCUAAGGAUGAUGGCACUGGUUCUUCAGCUCCUACCAUUGCUCAACAGAUUGAUAUCUCUCAUCCUUACUUUCUUACCCCAUUUGAUAGCCCAGGGAUGAACUUGAUCAACACCAUUUUUGAUGGCACAAGUUAUGGGAAUUGGAAGAGGGGCGUCUUGAUUGCUUUGUCAGCCAAAAACAAGCUCGGUUUCAUCACUGGAGCCUAUCCUCCACCCUCUUCUCAGUCUGCUCUACUCACUCAAUGGAAGAGAUACAACGACAUGAAAGUGUCAUCUAAUCUCAAACUGCUGAGGAACUCUGGCAAGAGCUGGAGCAAAGCCUACAAUGGAGUGAGAGGUAACAUUCUAAUGAUGAAACCCUUACCUUCUACUGCUCAAGCCUAUUCCAUUGUAUUACAUGAUGAGUCACAAAGAGAAAUUCAUUCUGGUACUUCCUUUUCCGUUGAGUCUUCUGCUUUUAUGGUUUCUGGGCAAAAAUGGGCUCCUCAGAAACAUCAUGGAGGAGCCAAAGUUGGUAUUCCAAACUCAGGUGCUGAUGUAAAAAGGAGUGAUCUCUUCUGCAACUACUGCAAAAAAUCUGGGCAUGUCAAGGAAGGAAUUUCAGGAAAUGUUGUUUCCUCUCUUGUUCAGUCUCAUGGAUUUUCUAAAGAGCAGGUCGAGCGGUUGAUUAGCAUGUUUCAAUCUGUGCAGAAUGGAGGAUCCACUUCAAACCCUGUUGCCUCACCCAGUGCUAAUCUAGCUGAUUCAGGAGCAUCUCAAUAUAUGACAUAUCAAAAACACCUGUUACACAAUAUAACAGUUCUGUCACCACCAAUUUUGGUCCCUUCAAAGAAGAGGUAUCAGAUUUUUGGUAAAGCUGCAUCAGGGCUCUAUGUGCUGGAGGAUAACACUCACCAGUUGGAAUCUCGAUCGAUCAAGCCUCAUGCACCAAUCUCUUCUCUUUUUAAUGUCGCGUCCAAGUCUUGUAGUCCAGUGCCUUCUUCUAAGUAUGAGUCAAUUAAGAAGACUGCCCUUGCACAAUUUGCCCUAUGGCCCCCAUCUCCACCUGCAGGUACACAAGACUCUUUAGAACCAGUGUUAUCCUCAUCACAUGGACCUGAGCUGCGCAAAUCCACAAGAGUUCACAAUGCCCCUAAGUAUCUCUCCGAUUAUCUCUGCAAUAAUGCUUCUUCUAUUUCUCCUAAUCCUCCUUUCCUUCCAUUCCAUUCUUUUUGUUUCUCUGCCUUGACUAAAGAGAACCAGGGGCUCAUUUCUUCUAUAUGUCACAUUAAUGAACCUCAAACCUAUCACCAAGCAGCUGCUCAUCCUGGAUGGCAAGAUGCCAUGGUAAAGGAGUUUGAGGCAUUAGCGUCUAAUCAUACUUGGGAUGUUGUCGAACUGCCUGAAGGGAAGAAGGCAUUACCCUGCAAGUGGGUUUACAAAGUUAAGCUGAAAUCUGAUGGGACUUUGGAGCGACUGAAAGCGAGAUUGGUAAUUCGAGGGGACACACAAAGGGAAGGAAUUGACUAUACUGAUACCUUCUCUCCGGUUGUGAAAAUGACAACAAUCCGCUGCAUUCUGUCUAUUGCUGUGAAAAGAAAUUGGGAUUUGUUUCAACUUGACGUCAAUAACGCCUUCCUCCAUGGUGAAUUAGAUGAAGAAGUAUAUAUGAGGUUCCCACUUGGACUAUCUCCUCCAUCUCCUUCUCAUGUUUGUCGACUUAGAAAAUCAUUGUACGACCUCAAACAGGCUUUUCGUCAGUGGUAUGCACAUUUGUCUUCUGCUUUGGGAACCAGAGGUUUCACUUCCUCCCUUAAUGACUACUCUCUUUUCUUCAAAGUAUCUGGGGAUUUGAUAACCAUUCUUGCAGUUUACGUGGAUGAUGUCUUGAUCACUGGUAAUAAUCAAGCAGAAAUCAAUGAGAUCAAACAGUUUCUUGACAUGGAAUUUAAAAUAAAGGAUUUGGGGUUGGCAUAUUAUUUCUUGGGUUUAGAAUUGAUCAGGGAAUCAGGAGGUUUAAUUGUCACACAAAGAAAGUUUGCUUUAGAGUUACUUACAGAUUUUGAUUGCUUGAAUGUUCGACCAGCUUCUUCUCCAUUGGAUCCUACCAUUAAGCUUUCUUUCAGUUGUGGUGAACCUCUCCCUGAUCCGACUGUUUACCGACGUCUUUUGGGCAAGCUGAAUUUUUUAACUAGCACACGUCCAGACCUUUCUUUUGCUGUGCAAACUCUCAGUCAGCAUAUGCAAUCUCCCUAUACUGGACAUUACCAAGCAGCAUUGCAUGUUUUGCGUUACAUUUCCAGGGAUCCAGGUCUUGGUUUAUUCAUGUCUUCUGAACCUUCAUUUCAACUCUUAGCUUUCUGCGAUGCCGACUGGGCUUCUUGCUCCAAUACACGCCGUUCAGUGAGUGGUUUUUUCUUAAGUCUUGGUGGUUACCCCAUUUCUUGGAAAUCUAAGAAGCAGCAGGUAGUCGCUCUUUCUUCCCCAGAAGCUGAAUACCGUUCAAUGCGCCGAUUAGCUGCUAAAAUAACUUGGGUGGUCCGAUUGUUGCACGACCUAUCUGUUGUUCCCUCUUUGCCGGUUCCUCUUCAUUGCGAUAACCAAGAAGCCAUCCACAUACUUUCAUGA